AUGCCAGUCGGUGAAUGUGCUGUGCUACGAGAUCGGCCAGCAUUACGACUUGAUUCUCGUCUUGUAAUGCGGGUGCAGCAUCGAAUCUCUCGGAAGUACUUUGCCGUAAAGCUCGUCUCUUCUGAUUGUGGUUCAGUAAAUAACGAGCUCAGCAUACUCAGUCGUGUUUCACAUCCGUUCGUCAUACGUUUAGAAGAGGUGUUCAAAUCGUCCUCCAAGCUGUUCAUUGUUAUGGAAAUGGCUAGUGGAGGCGAGAUGUAUGAACGCGUGGUAUCCAAAGGCAGAUAUUCCGAGUCCGAAGCGCGACAAGCGCUGAAAAUGCUGCUGAAUGGCCUUGCAUACCUUCAUUCAUUACGAAUCACUCACCGUGAUUUGAAACCGGAAAAUUUACUCUACAGUGAUACACGGCCAGACGCAAGGUUAUUAAUAACGGACUUUGGCCUGGCACACCAGGCCACUCGACCGAAUGAAACCAUGACAGAAACAUGCGGCACACCAGAAUACAUAGCACCUGAACUGCUUCUGCGGGUACCGUACACCGAAAAGGUGGACAUGUGGGCUGUAGGUGUGAUCGCAUACAUUCUGAUGUCUGGCAUUAUGCCAUUUGAUGAUGAUUGUCGUUCUCGGCUCUAUACACAUAUCAUCACUGCCAAUUAUGUUUAUUAUCCCCAGUUCUGGUCCGGAUCAGAAUCGGCCAAACAGUUUGUUGACUGUCUUCUGGAGACGAAUGCAGCCGAACGAUUAAGUGCCGUCGAAGCCUCCCGUCAUGAGUGGAUGACUGGAGAGCGUGUUGUUCCAGUGAUGAGCACCCGAACGUCACGACCUGCUUCUGAGUACAAUACCAUGCAGAGGACGAAAUCGACUCGAUCAAUUCGUUCGGUGACCCGAUCGGACCAUGGGCAUCGUGUAGAUCCACGUGAAGUCGACCAGUUGGCCAACGACCUUAAACGGGCUGCCCAGAGCACGAAAAACUACGGUGUUUUCUAG